AUGCACUCUAAGAUUGCGGUAGCUUCAUACGGAUGGGAAAUAGUCGGGAGAAAGGCUAAAGGCCGAAUCGGAUUCACACGGGCGGCCGAGCUUCUUCGAUAUCUCGCUCCAAUGAAGGAACCGAGUCGGGGCAAGGGGAAAGGCGGCCCAUCUGCCGGGGCUAUUAGCCUAAGUGGUCAAAAUUAUAUGAAAAGAGUGGACCAUAAACUAUCUAACCAUAAUGCUCGGGCUAUAGUUGAGGUCAAAAGCUGGGCUAGCACAACUGGAGAUAGUAAUACAAAGGUGCUACCAGUUGAUGCUCAAGCCGAUGGUGCUUAG